UUAUUUAUUUAAAAAAAAUAAACCCAAACCCCAUUCAAAAUCACAACGAAUUAAACAGAACAAUCUGAAAAUUGCGAAAUCAAACACCAACACGAGCGGCUUAUCCAAAUUGGUACCUGAAGCGAAUAAUAAUGGAAUUGCAGAAGGGGAUUCCAUUAUUAUUCCAGCAAUUGAAAGCUUUAUUCCGUAAAAACGCAUUGCUUUCAUGGCGUCACAAAUGGGCAACCACCCUUCAACUAUUUUCUUCUUUAGUGUUCAUCUUCUUGAUGUUCUGUAUCCAAAAAUCUAUUGAAGCCCAAUUUAAGAACACCAGUUUAUUUGACAAUGUUAUUGAUCCAACACCGCUUGUUUCGCCUUCGAUUCCGCCAUGUGAGGAUAAGUUCUUCGUUAAACUCCCUUGCUAUGAUUUUGUUUACAGUGGAGCUUCCAAUGCUAAUAUCAAUCGUAUUGUUUCGAGGAUUAGGGCUAAUAAUCCCGGUCGUCCUAUUCCUCCGUCUAAGGUUAGGUCCUUUGCGACAGAAGCUGAGGUUGAUGUAUGGCUUCUUAGAAAUCCCAUGUAUUGUCCAGGAGCACUGCAUUUUGUAGAGCAAAAUAGAAGCAUAAUAAGCUAUGGUGUUCAAACUAAUUCCACGGCAGUACAAAGGAGAGGAAAGUAUGAAGAUCCUACCUUCAAAUUUCAGAUUCCACUUCAGAUUGCUGCAGAACGUGAGAUUGCCAGGUUUCUUAUGGGAGAUCCAAACUUUAGCUGGACUGUUGGUUUAAAAGAAUUUGCGCAUCCUUCAGCAGACCCCUUCUCCACCAUUGGCACUAUCGGUCCAACCUUUUUCCUUGCAGUUGCCAUGUUUGGUUUCGUUUUCCAAUUAAGUUCCCUAGUUAUGGAGAAAGAACUAAAACUUAGAGAGGCGAUGAGUAUGAUGGGUCUGUAUGAUACCGCCUAUUGGAUGUCAUGGCUAGCUUGGGAGGGCCUUCUUGUGGUUGUUUCAUCAAUUUUCAUUGUACUAUUUGGGAUGAUGUUUCAAUUUGAUUUCUUCACACACAACAGCUUUGCAAUCUUAUUCCUCGUGUUCUUUCUUUUCCAAUUGAACAUGACUUCCUUUGCAUUUGCGCUAUCAGCCUUCAUUAGCCAGUCAUCUUCAGCCACUAACAUAGGAUUCUACAACUUCAUUGUGGGCUUAGUCACUCAGAUUGUGACAGCAUUUGGCUUUCCAUACAGUGAUAGGUUUUCUCAAGCAUACAGAAUUAUAUGGUCUUUCUACCCUCCAAAUUUGCUGGCCAAAGCUCUUCAGAUGCUCUCAGAUGCUACUAUGACACCUCAAGACCCUGGAAUGAGCUGGAGUGGACGGACAAAAUGUUCGCCCAAUGACGAUGAAUGUAUUCUAACAAUGAAUGACGUCUUCAUAUGGCUGUUAGGGACGUUUGUUUUGUGGUUUGUUUUGGCUCUUUACUUUGACAAUAUUAUUCCAAACCCUUAUGGAGUAAGAAAAUCCGCGUUCUACUUCUUGUACCCUGGAUAUUGGACUGGAAAAGGUGGAAGCAAGGCACAAGAGGGGGGUAUCUGUACCUGUUUUCGUUCUUCCUUGCAAGUUGAGCAAAUAACUACUGAUGAUGAGGAUGUUCUUAAAGAGGAGAACAAUGUAAAACAGCAAGCAAAUGAAGGUGUUGUUAGUUCAAAUGUUGCAGUCCAAAUACGUGGCCUUGCAAAGGUUUAUCCUGGAUCAACAACCCUUGGAUGCUGUAAAUGCAACAGGACUCCUCCGUAUCAUGCUCUCAGGGGCUUAUGGGUGAAUCUUGCUAAGGAUCAGCUAUUUUGCCUUUUGGGACCCAAUGGCGCUGGUAAAACUACUGCUAUCAAUUGUUUGACUGGUAUUUCACCUGUAACCGGUGGAGAUGCAUUGAUCCAUGGGAAUUCCAUCCGAAGCUCUGUUGGCAUGUCUAACAUUCGCAGAAUAAUAGGCGUGUGUCCACAGUUUGAUAUUCUUUGGAAUGAAUUGACUGGUCAAGAGCACCUCAACCUCUUUGCAAAUAUAAAAGGUCUUCCUAUGGCUGCAGUUUCUACGGUCGUUAAGGAUUCAUUGGAAGAAGUGAGAUUAACUAAUGCUGCGAAAAUGAGGACUUCAAGUUACAGUGGAGGAAUGAAACGUCGUCUAAGUGUCGCAAUUGCACUUAUCGGUGAUCCUAAACUAAUAAUUCUGGAUGAACCUACAACAGGUAUGGAUCCUAUUAGCAGGAGGCAUGUAUGGGACAUAAUAGAGAAUGCAAAACGAGGACGAGCCAUUAUUCUAACUACACACUCCAUGGAAGAAGCUGACAUAUUGAGUGACCGCAUUGGAAUUAUGGCCAAAGGAAGACUACGAUGUAUUGGAACUUCUAUCAGAUUGAAGUCACGCUUUGGAACUGGUUUCAUAGCCAAUGUGAGCUUCGUUGAGAACCUUAAUGGAACCCCUGUACAAGGAGAGGGAGAUUCAACUGAUAUGAAAAACCAAGAGGCUGUCAAGCGGUUUUUUAAGGAUCGUCUAGGGGUAGCACCUAAAGAAGAGAACAAAUCCUUCCUGACUUUUGUGAUUCCUCAUAAAAAAGAAGAGCUAUUAACGACGUUUUUUGAAGAACUGCAAGAAAGAGAAGGGGAGUUUUGCAUAGCAGAUAUCCAGCUUGGUCUGACAAGUCUGGAAGAAGUUUUCUUAAAUAUUGCAAGACAGGCAGAGAUGGAAAGUGCUGCUGCUGAGGGAAAAUUGGUCACCUUAAAUCUGACAACAUCCGAGACCUCAGUUGAGAUACCCGUUGGGGCCGAGUAUGUGGGGAUACCAGGAACAGAAUCUGUAGAAAAUCCAAGAGGAGUGAUGGUACAAGUGUACUGGGAACAAGAUGAUUCCGGUGCUUUGUGUAUUUCAGGUCACUCCCGUGAAGUUCCCAUACCUUUAAAUGUGCAGAUACCAACACAAGCACCAUUCACUAACUCUCGCCGAGGUGUUUUGGGUCGAACAGAGAAAAUUCAUGGUGUUGUUAUAAACACUGACCAGAUUCCUGAUACAAUAUUCCACAGAUAGAAUGAAUAUAUUCCCAGGUUCACUGGGGCAUACAUGAUAUCCUAUACCAUUAUUUAAGCUAACAUAAGUAUACAUGUUAUUACACAUACAAAUUUUGACUUUAUGAUAUGAUCGUGUUCUCUUAAAGUCCACCUUGAUUCAAUACUGUACAAAUAGUCUGCUUCACACUAGUUUGUAGUGUAAAAAAAUUGGUUUACUGGAAGCCGAAAUAAUAUAAAGUUUUCAACAGUUUUUCUUUA